UUGACGUCUAGUUAUUGUGUGUUUUUGAUUGUGUAAUUUUGCACUAAAAUACCUCUUUAUUGAUAAAUGAUUAUUUCAGUUAUUGUUAAAACUGGCGAAACUACUGUACUUUAGUACUGCUUUUGUCUAAACAAUAGUCUCUUUUAAGAUUUUCUAACCUUAAACAUACCAUAUCAAUCAAUCCAAACGCUUUCCAUUCUCUCGAUCUUUGUACGUCGUAUAAAAACGUGUUGUUAACUAAAGCGAUUAAUAAGUCAAAGUGUACAUCCGUACGAUUGUUUGUGAGUUGCUUGUAGCAUGUUUUGUAUGAACCAAAAUGUCUCUUUCUUUGAAAGACCACAAGGAAAACUUUCGCUUAUUGGAUUUGUCUAGCGACGAAGAAUCCGAAGAUUUGCAUUUAGAAAUUAUUCCAAGUCGUAAAAAGAAAAUCAGCAGAAAGGAGCGAAAUAGAGGCUCAGCCCCAAAAGCUCCCGAACCAAAUAUCGGAGCGGAAGUAAGAUGUGCGUUACAAUGGGCGCUCCGGGGCACUCUCAUCCUGUGGCUGCUCAUGCUCACGUGGAUAUGCGCUGCUCUCUACGACCAAGUUACUGUUAUGAGCAGAGAAGUUGCCAAAGUAACAACAAGCAGCGUCAGUGUAGGUGACGCGCUACAGAGCUGCCACUCGGCGGCAAAAGAGCUGCAGGCCAAUGCCAGCGAUCUUAGCAUAAGGUUGACUAAGUUAGAGUACGAGUACCAGGAGCUGACCAAGAGAGUGGACAAGGCGGCGGAGGAGGUGUCCAAGGUGUCAGAGAAGUUGGCAGCAGAACCAAUGCUGGCAGACACGCCAAGGAGGCUGGCUGACCUGCAACGCACUGUCGCUUACUUCGGGUCCCAGAUAAGUGGUUUCGAAGAGUCCCUAAACCAAGCGCGUAAGCAAGCGACGACAGCUGUCUCUGGUGUCGACGAGGUCAAGACAAUGCUUCACACGCUGGAAGUCAGGGCCAAUGAAACUAUUGCCAAUGUGACGGACAACGGCAAGAGAGACGGCGAGCUGAAGGAACAGGUCGCGAGUCUAAACACCACCCUUGUGGGCAAGGUGGAGGCUUUGGAGACGAGGAUAGAGCUGAUUAAUAAGCCCACAAGCACAGCAGCUCCUACCACUGCAGCCACGUCUACCACGAGCAGCACCACAUCCUCGUCUACCAGCACCACCACAGCGGCCCCUGGUCCGCCGGCAAAGCCGUUCGUUUUACAGUCACGGGAACACUAGAUCCACGCAGCAAAAGAGACAGAUUGCUCAGUAUCAAACUCAAGACAUUGCGUCCACAAGACAAAUAAGCGGGGUUACUCCGAAAAACGUUAUGCGAAAUUUCGAAUGUUGCCAUCCUUCUCACGCACAGCUAGAGCGACGGUGACAGAUAUACCCAAAACUACGUAACAGAGUUUUCGGAGUAGCCCUGAUGUAGGCGUACCGGGUAAAGCAAAGGAUACCCUCCAGCGUAACUGUUAAGGUUGAAUGUUAAUAGUUUUAUGGGACGAGUCCACAUUUUUGAAUCGAGGCGAUUCAGCCAUAUUCGUAGUCAAGUACUCAGUAUAGCGUAAGGUAACUCUGUAUGCAGGAAACGACUAGUAUUGAUAUUAUUAUUUUUAUUAAGUCGUCUUUACAAGAGAUGUCAUCAUUCCACUACAGUACCUACUAUAGAUAAAUAUCGGGUUAUUUCGUUUAUAACGUAGAAACCGAUUAUUCAUAACAGAUAACAAUAAAAUAAAUAACAGUUUCAUGAAAAGUUGUUAUUAGAUACAGAUUGAUAUUGUGCUGUGUACUAUCCUUAAAUAAAAUAAUUAUAAUGAUAAUAAAUUUAAUUUUUGUUUAAAUAAGUGUGGGGUUUUACAGUCUUGCUCAAUCUAUUAUUAGUUAUUUGCUUUCCUUUGCCGUUGACCGAUCCCAUAACGAUCUUACAAGACAUUGCAAUGGCUUCUAGAAAUAAGUGUUCGUUUAAUUUAUUCAUCGAUGAUAUUGGACCUUUGAAUGAAAAUCCCCUUUUUCGUCAUAUAUUUUUUGGAAGGAAAGUGGAUCAAUCCGAGUACAAAAAACGUACUUCUGAGGGUAGGAGUGACUAUGUGUCAUUUCAGUAGAACCAUGUCAGUGGGUCUAGACAAAGUGCAAAUUAUAAUCGCAAACCAGUCGAGAAAGUGGUCGAAAAGCCCCUUUUUUGUAUGGAGUUUUGACGGAUUCGAUUUUCGAUUCGAUCAAAAAGUGCGUUUUGUCUAGGGGGGCUGAGGGCUAUGGUGGCUCUGACACAUAUUAUGACAGAAGAAAAAGUUAUGUUUUGUGCAAAUUUUACAAUGGUGUGUGUGUUGAGUGAAGUUUCAUGCUCGUCGUGAAAAAGUGCCAUUUUUUGGUGGCUGAUCUCUAAUCUUUAAGGUUUAUAGACCUAGGCUCCAAUGAGGUGAUUGAUAACUAGGUUUACUACUUAAGAGAAGUAGAUAAAUGUAUUAAAUACUUCUAACUUACAUUCGUAGAUACAAGUCGUUUUCUGCUAGAGUCGGAUAGUUUGGCCUUAAUAAUUUAGUUUGUUGGUGAAUUCCGUGGGCGUUGCCACGAAUGUACAGGCGACAGCACAUCAAGCUACGUGACAUCUUAUGUGUGAUGUAAUAAGGUUUAUUUUCCAACAAAAAUAGUUUGAUUUGCUGUCGAUAGAUGUACCUUGUGAACCAUUAACGAUCAGUAAGAUAAGUUACGUCAUACAUGCAAUAAGAGGCGAGUGAGAACAUACGAUACCAAUGUAAAUAUUAUAGUUUUACUUGUAGAGAAAUGUGAGCGCACGAGUGUUUGGAGUUGUCAAUAAGAGUGUGCGUUUUAUUACUUGUAAUAAAUUAUUGUUAAUAGAUCAAUUAUUACACAA